CGCGUCAGCAGUACCGCGUCAGCAGUACCACGUCAUUGACACCGUACAGCUAACUGCAGCUUAUGCUCCGACGCAGCAACCGAAUUGCAGCACGCGAAGGGCGGGCAGCCGCAGCAGAACAGCAGCUACCUCUGCCCCACCCCUCUGAAAUGGACACUCAGGGCAACCCCAUGGUGGACAAUGCCGCAUCCGGCAGUCCACACGAGGCGUGCAGUUCGAACCCCCCGGUCCCACAGGCCCAACAGGAGGGUUCCACUGCGACUUCUGCGGGAACCCUCGACGCUGCACCAGUCCGGCAGCAAGGAGAGACCAUGAAGGCCUUCCUGGCCCGCCUGGGCACCUAUAUGCAGCAAGUCCAAGAGGAGCAGCAAUGCGAGGCGGCAGCCGAAGCAGCACGCCUUAAUAACAUUGCACGCGCAGAAGAGCAACGACGCCGGCAGCAAGCUGACGCAGCUACCAACCACAACAAAGCUCGAAGAGAUGCCGCAUCUGUCCUCAUGCAGCAAGAAGCCGCUCAUACCGCCGCACUCCAAGCAUGGAAUGUUGAUCCGGCGGCGACGACGGAACCAACUACGGAGGAACAGACCAAGUCAGCCCUCGCUAACAUGAUGUACCAAGUCAUCCUCACUUGUAAUUGGCAACAAGUGGAGCUGGCUCGGCAGGCACAUACCAUUGCUGAGUAUGAGGAGACUCUCAAGAGCCUCCAUGCCCGCCUUGACAUGCUGGGGAAGGAUGACGUGCCGCACAGGCAAACGGCAUCGUCAAGCAUUGAUCCAUCGAUCCACGAGCUGGAAGGACGACUGGAUCACCUAGUCGAACAGUUUCCGACACCCGACGACCAUCAGCCAGCAAAUAGCCGCCCUACAAGCGGACCUGCGUCAACUGCAGCAGCAACCAACUGGACCUGCAACAAACUGACGCCGAAACAAUUUAAGAUGCCGAAGUUCAGCAUCGACAAGUUUGACGACUACCACAAGGCGGACCCCAUCAGCGUCAAAGUCUCGAAGCUUUAUGCCAAGAUCACUUGGGAGGCCAUGACUGAGAAGUGGCGGAAACGCUUCAUCGUCGACGACGCUCAGGGCAAAGGCGUGAACCGGAUCUUCAGGAUGCAUCAAGGCAGCCAGCCAACACGCGAAUGGCUAACCGAGUGGCAGAAAAUCGUGACGAUUCUGAAUUUGGACAUCCCAUUCGUACAUCUUCGUCGCGAAUUCUUCCAGCGGUCAGUUGACGCGUUGAGCACGGCCCUUGGGGAAAGCAACCUGUACAUGGACUUCGACCAGAUCGUGGAGAAGGCGUGCGAAGUCAUCCAAACCAAUCGGUGGACAGCCAACGAGCGGCGAAGCCCACCGAAUUUUGUGGAAAAGGGCAAAGGCCCGCGGCCGCAGCAAGUUGCUGCUGUCCAAGGAAAUGGACAAGAGAACGACCAGGCGGUGACUCACGAGCAAAGAAGGCGUCCGUCCACGGCAAAGCUCGGGAAACUGAGCUUCGCGGGAAGUGAGGCGACUCCAGUUCUUACUCCGCCGGACACGGUUGCCUUGCUAACAACCUCCUCCACAUCCGGGGAACAUGCGUAUGACGCCUGUCUUCGUGAAGAUUAUGAAGACUAUGCUGUCCAGCUGGUCCCGCCGUUGGACCAACCUCUCCACGUGCAAGAGUCUUAUGCGUGCGCGACUUCAUCACCAUCGCCAAGUGAACCAGCAUCCUCGCCAACAUCACUCGGGGACUUGUCGGUGUGGUCUAGACUUGAGGAACUCGACGCAUUGACACCGGAGGACUUCCAAUUGUUGCCUCUUUCCCCAUCUUGUUCCUUGCUGAAGCCGCAUUGCAACGCCCUAAUGGCGGAGCUACGCAACUACUUGCACGCUGCAGUACCAGCUCCGUUGAUGGAAGACGGAGUAGCGGUUGUUGACCUUCGCGAGUACAUUGUGAAGAUUGACCGCAAGUACACCACGCAACGGUACGACGACACCGACGUACCGUUACUCUACGUCCGCAUUCGGAUCGGGAAGGUGACCUGCAGCGCCUUGAUUGAUUGUGGAGCUACUCGCAACUACAUCAGCCAGGAUUUCAUGACCCGCGCCGGCCUUGGGCCGCCCGUUCGAAGGAAAUCGCAGCCCACGCAAGUCAUGUUGGCCGACGGUCGUACGCACAAGUCCAUUGACCGGUGCAUUGACUCUGUCCCCGUGUACUUCGCCCCGCUUGCACGCGAGGCCGUGUCCUUUGACAUAUUGGACACAAAGUUCGACAUGAUCUUGGGCAUGUCAUGGCUGCGCAGCGAGGACCACCCGGUGAACUUCUACCGCCGCACCGUUCACAUUUGUGACCGGAACGGGGUACUUGUGCCAUGUACCGUCCCCCCACCUCAUCCUUCGAUUGGUUGUCACGUGGUCUCCACGGCAAGCAUUCGCAACUCCAUCGCACGGAACGACGUGGAGGAAAUGGGCAUUUGUUGCUUGCACGCCCUCCCUCCUCUCGACGAGCCAGCGGAGGAACAGCCACCGGAUCCACGCAUUGUACAACUUAUUGACUCCUAUGGCAACGUCUUUGAAGCCCCCGCCGGAAUCGUACCAAAUCGGCCAAUUCGUCAUGAGAUCAUCCUCGAAGACGGGGCCGUACCUCCGCGCGGAUGUAUUUACCGCAUGAUCGAGGAGGAACUCGAACACAUCGUGCAUCUACGUGCUGUUUUGGACAGGCUUCGUACGGCCAAGUACAAGGCCAACCAAGCCAAGUGCGAAUUUGCACAACAAGAGCUCAAGUACUUGGGCCACUUUGUGACGUUGCAAGGCAUCCGUCAGCUUGCGGACAAGAUCAAGGCCAUUCAGGAUUGGCCGGAACCGACCAACACCACAGAGGUUCGCUCUUUCAUGGGAUUGGUCGGGUACUACCAACGCUUCAUCGGAGGAUACGCACGGAUCGCCGCAUCUUUGUCCAUAUUGCAGUCUCCACAGGUGCCCUUCCAGUUCACCGAUGAAGUCCGCAGUUCGUUCCACAAAUUGAAGACAACGUUGCUCCUCGCCCCCGUCUUGAGUAUCUACGAUCCCACCUUGCCUACGAGAGUGACUACGGACGCUUCCGGCUACGGCAUGGGUGCAGUUUUGGAACAACACGAUGGAGUAGACUGGCAUCCAGUUGAGUACUUUAGCCAAAAGGUGCCUCCCAUCAACACGAUUGAUGAUGCGCGGAAGAAGGAGUUGUUCGUCACAAUGCUCAAGCGUUGGCGACACUUCCUCCUCGGGCGGCGUAGGUUCACUUGGGUGACGGAUAAUAACCCAUUGACCUACUGCAAGACCCAAGACACGGUGAGCAGCACGAUUGCCCGAUGGAUGUACUUCAUCGAUCAGUUCGACUUCACACCGAAACAUAUCCCGGGCCUCUCCAACCGAGCCGCGGAUGCUCUCUCGCGAAGAUCAGAUCUUUGCGCAGUGACUCACCACGCGUUCAGUUUCGACGAAACCCUUCAUCAGCAUUUUGUGCGAGCAUACAAGUCCGAUCCUGAAUACGCCACGCUCUACAAGCAACUAUCCUUGGAUCACCCGCCGGCCAGCCACUAUCACGUCGUCGAUGGCUACUUGCUUCUUCACUCACGCGGCAAGGACUUACUAUGCGUCCCACAUGACCGUCGCCUACGGACUCGCCUCCUCGGAGAGUACCACGACUCGAGACUCGCUGGCCACCUCGGCAUCAACCGUACGAUCGCAAGACUUCGGCAACGAUUCCGGUGGCCUGACCUCAUUACCGACGUCACUCGGUAUUGCGACUCUUGCGAAGUUUGCCGACGAAGCAAACCCCGCAAUCGCAACCCCUACGACAUCGUUAGCGACCGCGACACUCGUUUCAUGUCGGGAUUUUGGACCUCUCUCGUGAAAGAGUCUGACACCGAGAUGAAACCAAGUUCGGUUCGGCAUCCUCAAACAGACGGGCAGACGGAGCGGGCACAUCAAACCGCUCAAGUAAUGCUUAGCACACUCAUCCGUAUGGAUCAGAAGGAUUGGGUGGACUGCCUCCCCGACAUUGAAUUCGCCUACAACACUUCGGUGCACCCGGCGAUCGGCGUGACUCCGUUCGAGUUACACCACAGUGGCCGGAAAGGCCGCAUCUUCGCUGAUCUUCCUUUUCCAAGGACUGCCGACAUUGACGCCGCUUGUUCGCCCGCCUCCGUUCGGAAGUAUAGGGACUUGAUGGCUAAAGCCCGCACCAACAUGCAAAAGGCUCAAGUUCGCAUGCAACAACAAGCUAACAGGCGUCACGUGCCAUGCCCCAUCCGCGCGGGCGACCUUGUUUGGGUCUCCACGGAAGAGUUUGCACUCGAGCAAGAUGUAUCCCGCAAGCUACUUCCAAAGUGGUUUGGACCAUGGCCCGUCACAUCAGCCGCGGGUGAUGAGCCCGAUCGCCCCUCAUUUGUGAUCAAAAUCCCGCCGCAUCUCAUGGUGCACCCGGUUUUCCACGCCUCCAAGCUGGCCACAUAUACGCCAGUAAAGAGCGACGACUUCCCGGGACGACGAUCACAGGACCCUCCUUCCAUGGAUGGUCAUCAGGAAGUCGACCGCGUCAUCACGCAUCGCAAGCACGGCAACAAACCUAUGCAGUACAAAGUCACAUUCAAGUGGUGCGACCCCGAUGACACGCGAUGGAUCUCCCGGGCAGCUUUGCGAGCCUCCGCUUCUGACAUCUAUGCUCAUUAUGAGAAGAAACAGCUAGCGACGGAAGCUGCACAGCCUCCCACCCGGACUUCAGUCCCUCCCUCCACCAGACAGCUUCGCCCUCGCAGGUAAGCUCGGUCUUUCAAGAAGAGGGGAGUGUGGCAUACUCCAUACCACACG